GUCCAAAUUCAAACACACUUUCAUGUCAGGAAUCACGCUUCCCUCUCUCAGCAAGCGAGUUUUCGGCUAAUUUCUAACGAGAUACAGAUGAAUGAAACAUCUAAACGAGUCGCUGUUAACAUUAAAUGAAAGAAAGCGUUAUCUAUGCAAAGCACAGCAAAGUUUUAUUUACAUGCCGGCGACAGAWAAAGGAUGCGAUUGUAGUUUUCCGCGUCAGCCUUUGAGUCGGGAUUGUGGCUUGCACUGAUUGGAUAGUUAGCCUGUCAAUCAUUUGAACUACAAAUCAGAAGCCGCCACGCGCGGGACAUGCAAUCGACCCGGACGUGGAAAUCUCAAAAAUACAUUUUGUAAUACUUAUUUUUUUAUAUUUCUAGUAAAUAUAAACGUACCUGAACAUUAUUAGAAUGUUUUUUUAAUAUUUAAAAUGAUAGUAAAUCAGCGGUUGUGAAGACCUAUUCGCGUCCGGUGUUGACCGGAAGUGAUCGGAAAAGAACUGUCAUGGCUGAAAAGAGGAGAACUGUGAGGCUGCUACUGCUGCUUCUUUUAAUUUUUGUCGCUGYUUUGCACCUAUUAAUUUGCCCGUUUACGAAAGUUGAAGAAAGCUUCAAUUUACAAGCAGCACACGACAUUUUGUAUCACAGACUUGACUUUGACAAGUACGACCAUCAUGAAUUCCCCGGUGUUGUUCCUCGGACUUUCCUCGGCCCGUUGUUCCUCUCCACUCUCAGCUCUCCUGUUGUUUUCGUGUCAUAUCUGCUGGGUGCACCUAAAUUCUACACUCAGAUAAUAGUCCGAGCGUCUCUGGGGUUGUGUGUCAUGGCUGCUCUGUGGCACAUGCAGAAAGAGGUGAGGAGGCAGUUUGGCUCCACGGUCGCAGCUCUUUUCUGCCUGAUGUGUGCCUCCCAGUUUCACCUGAUGUUCUACAGCACGAGGACGCUCCCUAACAUCUUUGCGCUCCCUAUCGUKCUCGUGGCGUUCACAUCCUGGAUGGCGCAGAAAUACGCUCGCUUCGUCGGCCUCUCUGCUUUGGCGAUCAUCGUGUUCCGGUCUGAGCUCUGCAUCUUCCUGGGCCUCAUGUUGCUGAGGUCACUGCAGAGCAGGAAGCUGGGGCUGAUGAGGCUCAUGUACUAYGCUGCUCCGGCUGGAGUCCUGUCCUUGGCUCUGACGGUGACUGUCGACUCGUUCUUUUGGGGGAAGGUUUUGUGGCCUGAGGGACAGGUGCUGUGGUACAACACUGUUCUCAAUAAGAGUUCCAAUUGGGGGACUUCUCCCUUUUUAUGGUACUUUUACUCUGCGGUACCUCGCGCCCUGGGCUGCACGCUGCUCUUUGUGCCGCUCGGCCUCCUUGACAGGCGGAUCAGGCCGCUGCUGCUCCCCGCGGUGGGCUUCGUUCUCGUGUAUUCGCUGCUGCCCCACAAGGAGCUGCGCUUCAUCAUUUACACCAUCCCCGUGUUCAACUUGGCUGCAGCGCGCGGCUGCUCCUUCAUUUUGUGCAACUAUCAGAAAUCGUGGCUGUACAAACUGGGCUCUGCAGUGGUGUUUGGCCAGCUGUUGAUCAACGCAGUGUACUCCCUCGGUUGUCUMCACGUUUCCUACAACAACUACCCUGGAGCCAGAGGAUUGGAAAAACUACACGAGCUUCUGCCACCCACAGCAGAUGUCUUUGUUCACAUCGACACGUACGCAGCUGAAACAGGAGUGUCCCGCUUCCUGGAGCACAACAAAAACUGGAGAUACGACAAACGAGAAGAUUUAAGCGUCUCGAGCCCCGAGCUCAGAAUGUACUCGCACUUGUUGAUGGAGGCCAACGCCACCAGGAUCCAGCAGCUCCAGGACUCCCAUCGGCCCAUGAUUUUCAUAGAGGGUUACAAAACCAUGGCCUUCAAUGUGGCUCACUUCCCUCCUGUCAGCGUGAAGCUAGAGAGGAAAACUGUUCUGAUGGAGAGGAGAACGGACCGGCUAGAAGGGAAACUAUAACAGRAAUUUUCCGGAAUAAAAGGUUGAUUUCUCAGGUGACCAAAUGUGACAAUCUCAUCUUAAAUUAAAAACAUUUUCAUGCCACAAAAAGGACUGCAAAACCUUAUCUAAAAUGUUACCCAAAUAGAUGAGUGCAUUGUUUACAUCAUUUGUAUUUUUUGCAAAAUGAAUAAAGAAAUAGAAGUUUCUGAGCAAAAGCAAAGGAUUUAAAAACGUAUAUAUACACAGCUCCGCCUUUUUGUAUUAAUAUUAAUAAUAAACAAUAUUUUAGAUGCAAAUCUUUAUUUACAAACGACCACAAAAAAUUGCAUUUCUCCAGUCUCAAUGCUAAAACAUUUAUCAAAUUAAGCUCAGAAAUCCUUUCAUAUAAAAAUGUACAGUACAUUGUGUUGAUCAAUAAUAAACCCAUAAUUUAAAACCCCCAACAUAAAAUUGUGCUUAAGAGACAAACUGUAAAUACCAAAAAAAAAAAUCCCCUUUUAUUCUGAAAAUACAGCAAUAUUAUAAAUGAUCUUAUUUAAAACAUAUCAGCAAUUUAAAAAAAAAUGAAACGACAGUACCAUCAGCCUCAAAUUCACACACAAAGUAAUUAAAUAGCAUUAACUUAAAAUAUUGUUCAGUCACAGCAUUCAAUUUUGGGCAAUGUUUUCAUUCAGGAAAAAAAAUUAAUCAGAAUCCUGACAUUCUGCACAAUUUCAAAGCUAUUUACAGCAUUUUUUUGACCUGAAGUAGUUUUGGAUAAGGCACAAGGAGAGAACAGACAAAAUGACAACAAAAAACCAUUAACCACAUAUGAUCACCAACCCCUACAGCUAGAUAAACCCUCCCUYCCUGAUACGCUUCUUACUGACACCUUCACAACAGAACCAAAGUGUUCAACAGUAGUACAACGAGCAAUAA